AUGGCGGCGGGGGCCCGGGCGGAGCUGCGUGUGCUCCUGGUGCCCCGCUCGGAGGAGCCGCAGGGAUGGGCGCGGGUGCGGCUGAGCAGAGCCCGGGACGCCCUGGGCACCCUCCUGCUCCCCGGCGGGAUCUGCCUGGAGUCGCUGUGGCCGGGUGGGCCCGGGCGGGCCGGGGGCAGCGUCCUGCCGGGAGCCUGGGCUGACUUCGUGUGGGACAGCGCAGAUGAUGAUGGUUCGCACUCAAACAAGACAAAACUCCUGGCUCUUGGUCAAAACCAUGACCUGUUUGUCUAUGAAUUCAAUGUAGAAGAUGGAGAACACAACCCGAAUUCCCUGCACAGUUGUAAGGAAGAGACGCUUAAAAAGCUCCUUGAAGCUAAAAACAUCAGUCUGCCUUCAAUUUUCUCUAUGAAGAUUCUGUCCUUUGGAAGUAACAAGUGCAAACUUCUGCUCAACCAGUUUAUCCUUGUGCACUUGACCUUUCCUGGGGAGGACUCACCCCCAGAGACCUGUGACUGCUUCCCCCUGGCUCUGCCUCCAGAAGCUGUGGCGAGAGUAACAGACUCCCAGUUCUGCAGGGGGAUCCUGUUCCUGUUGGACAGUGCUGGCUGGAUUUACAUAUUUGGCUGCUCUGAUGGUGCCACCUUAGGGAAGGUCAGCGUGGCCCUGGGAGCUGGGCAGGGGCAGGGCCCAGCCCCUGGGGCUCCCCUGGCUGGCCUGGCAGUGUCCCCUGACCUCAGCACGGCCGUGGUGACCGGCACCUGCCACCGUGCCCUGGCUGUGCAGCUCAACUCCUACUUCAGACAGUUCCCUGAACAUUUGCUCUGUAAGAGGGAUCCAGAAAAUCUUCCAGUGCAGCCUCCAGAGGGGCUGGAUGAGGAUGAGCUGGCCAGUUCUGAGCACAGCAUGGAGCUGCUGUCACAGCCGUUCCGCACAGACAGGUCCUGGAAGGCACAGUUGUCCUCACUGUGGGACAGAGUAAGGAGAAGAAGAACACCAGCUUCUCCAGAUUUUCACUCCAGUCAAGUGAACAACUGGAAUUUGCCUUGGUAUCAGUUUUUUACCCAUCUUGAAGAUCACGAUCCUGCAAUUUGUGAUGAUCCAGAGAGGAUGGUGGCCUUUGUUCCCCGGGCUGUUACGUGGGCGGCUUCCCGGGCGCUCCAAAGCCAGGGCACGGCCCGUGGGGAUGCAGGACAGCAGUGGGCACAGAUCCCCGUGGCAGCACCCCAGGAAAUGGUCAAACUGGAGUGUAAACUGGUGACUGCAGCUAAAGCUGUGUUUGUGGUGCUGGCACAGGACACGGGGCUGUCUCUGGCGCUUUGGGAUUUUGAGUCCCAGGACGUGACGUGUUCCCACUUCGGCAGGAGCAGUGUCUACGUGGAGUGCAGUGCAGAGCUGCCACUGUGCCUGCUGCUGACAGAGCGUGGUCUGUCCCUGGUCCUGUUUGGUUUGACUCAGGAGGAGUUCCUGAGCAGGCUGAUGAUGUUCGGCAGCGCCGCAGUCGUGGAUGCCGUGUGUCACCUCAAUGGCUGGGAGAGGUGCUCCAUUCCCAUCCAUGCCCUCGAGGCAGGUUUGGAAAAUCGCCAGCUGGACACAGUGGACUUGUUUUUAAAAAGCAAAGAAAGCGUUUUCAGUCUGUCUGCACCCUGUCCUGGGCCUGAGCACCCUGGGGAUGGCACCUCCCAGUCCUACCUGAGAAAUUUGGAGGAGCUCAGGCCAGCUUUAAACUUGCUCUGCUCAGCAAUCCAGGACAGUGACAUGGAGCCUCACAGCAAGCAGUUCUCUGAGCAGCUCCUGAGCCUCACCCUGACCUUCCUUACCAAGCAGCUGGAGGAAAUCUUUGUGCACACACAGGAACCUGAUGAAUCCCUGCAGAAGGCUGCAGAUAUUUUAACUGACUACAUCAUUAAACUGAGAAAAUUCCUGAGGAAAUAUCCUCGAGCACCGAUGACUCCGGGGCACACGGCAGCUGACCUGGAUGAAGACCUGCCUGAGAUAGAAGAGAGCCAAGAAUGGGAAAAACUGACACCAGAGGAGGUCAUUGCCGAGGCCAUCCUGAGCAACAAAGUGCCAGAGGCCCAGAUCUUCUUCCGAAGGCAGCAGCAUCCUGCUGAGAGUCUGCAGGAGUUUAUCCAGACGGGUUUGAGCCUGGCCUAUGACUGUCUGCUGAAGGGCAGCACCAGGGAGGCCUCGCAGCUGCUGAGGAACCUGGGCUUCGACGUGAAGCAGGAGCUGCACAAGAUCUGCUUCCACACAGAGGACAAACACGUACGGGAGCUCCUGGUGAAAGUCUUACAAGAAGAAAACUAUUUUUCUGAAAAAGAGAAGAAAAUGAUAGACUUUGUGCAUCAGGUUGAAAGCUUCUACUCAGAAUCCUUCCAGGAAAAUAAAGAGACUCAGUCUCUUUCCAGUUUCAGCAGCUGCAGGAGGCAGCAGCAGGAGCUGUGCAGGCACCAGGCAGUGCUGGGCUCGCAGCUGCGCCGGGGCAGCAGCAGGAUCAGGGUGCUGCUGAGCUGGGCUCUCUGGUGGGAUGAGCUGCUGCAGGAGAUGAUUCUGCUCCCCUGGAAACCUCGCCAAGAACUCAAGACCUGCAGUCCUGAGGCCCUCUGGAUGCACCUGACAGCCCAGCAUGACUGGGUCAGCAUUUGCUCCUGGAUUGAGGAGUCAGAGCCCAGCCAGGCUCCGUGUGGCCGCUCUGCCUGGCCCCCCCUGAGCCCUGACAUCGUUGACAGGAGCACUGUGUGCAGCACCUACAUGAGACAGGACAUCCUGAACAAGCUGGCCAGAAAGGGAAUCUUUGUCCGUUCUGAGCUGGAAGAUUUUGAGCUCUUGCUCCAGAGGCUGUCGUGCCUGGGGGGAGUCCUGCAGAAUCCUCACCCUGUUCCAAAAUACAGCACUGCCAGUGGCCUGGACUUCCAUGGCCAGUUUGUCCUGCACUGCCUGGAGCACAGCCUGCAGUACCUGCUCUACACUUACCUGGACUAUUACAGUUUAACCCCUUCAAGCUGCCCUAUCCUGGAUAACAAGGAGCUGCACGAAGCCCAUCCCUGGUUUGAGUUCCUCGUGCAGUGCCGAGGGGUUGCCAGCAAUCCCCGAGAUCCCAAGAUGAUUUUCCAGGCCAGUCUGGCCAAUGCUCAGAUGCUGAUUCCCAGCAGCCAGGGGGGUGUGAGCAGCAUCCUGCUGGAGGGCAGGACCCUGCUGGCCCUGGCCACCACCGUGUACGGGCCUGGGGGCAUCGACCAGGUCCUUCAGAACGAAGAUACAGAAAAACCUCUGAAGAAAGUUGAUCCCCAGCUCUUAAAAAUGGCCUUGACCCCUUACCCCAAGCUGAAGGCUGCUCUCUUUCCCUCCUGCACUGCUCAUGGAAUUUUGCCUCCUGACAUCUCUCUCUACCACCUUCUGCAGUCAUUAAUGCCCUUUGAUCCCACAAAAUUAUUUGGCUGGCAAUCAACAAACACUCUUGCUGUGUCAGAUGCCUGGAGCGAGCUGCCCCACUUCUCCUGGCCCGAGCUGGUGAGCAGGCACGCCGUGGUGGAGAGGCUGGGCUUCCUCUUCUACCUGCGCCACGGCCGCCCUGCCUUCGCCUUCGGCACCUUCCUGCAGCAGCUGGCCAGGAGCAAAGCCCCCAGGCAGCUGGUCCAGCAGGCAGCACGGGAGGCCCGGCUGGUGGCCCUGUCCUCCUUGGGUGUCCCGUCGGUGGCAGCAGCCUGCGUGUGCUUCCUGGAGCUGCUGGGGCUGGACAGCCUGGGGCUGCGCGUGGAUCUCAGAGCUGCCAGCAGCAUCGGCACCCACAGGAGCAGGAGCGAGGGCUCUCACCACAGCCACAGGGACAGCCUGGCUGAGAAGUUUACAAAGUUGGCUGAUGGUGAAAAAGCAGCAGCAGCAGCAGUUCUGAGCUCCUUGGAGGAGGCCUUCUGGGAUGGCAUUGAGCAGCAAGGAGUAAAGAGGACAUCCAGUGACUCCAGAAGGCAGUGGUCCUUGGUCAUGCAGUUCUGCAGAGUCCAUAACCUGGAGCUGAGCACGUCCUUCCUGAGGGAAUGUGCCAAAUCCAACGAGUGGCUGCAGUUCCUCGUCCAGACCCAGCUCCACGGCCACCAGCCAGCCCAGGUCGUUCCCCUCCUGCAGGAUUUCCCUCCCGUGCUACGAGAUCACCUGCUGCUGGCCCUGGGCAAGCUGCUGUGUGCUGAGGCUGCCCGUGCAGGGAGCGUGUUCCAGGUGCUGCUGCAGUGCCAGGAGGAGCCCAGCCCCUGCUGGCACCUGUUGGCAGAGGGGCUGCGGGCACACGCGCCCAUCCUCAGCGUGCUGGCAGCCUGCUGCCCCGAUGCAAACCCCAUCUCCUGCCUCUGUGUGUGGAUCAUCACUUCUGUGGAUGGUGCCACCAGGGCUGAGGCCACCGCCCACACCCAGAGCCUGGCAGGGAGUCCCCAGUGGGACCUGCAGGACCUCGCUGCCAUCUGGAAAGUCCUCCUGAGGAAGCAAAAGAGUAAAACACUUCUCAAUGGCUUCCAGCUCUUUUUGAAGGAUUCCCCUUUGCUGCACAUCCUGGAGAUGUAUGAACUGUGCAUGAACUGUAAAAAGUACAACGAAGCUAAAACCAAACUGGAGAAAUUUCAGGAAAGCCUCACAGAACUGGGAGCCGCGGCAGGGGCGGCCCCCGAGGUGCCGGGGCCGUGGCUGCGCUCGCAGGCGCUGUUCCUGCUGGAGCUGAUGCUGCAGCAGAGCCGCACCGACUACGAGCUGGGCAAGCUCCUGCAGCUCCUGGCUGCCACAGAGAACCUCCUGCUGGAUGGUCCCCACGUGAAGAGGCUCUGUGCCCUCAGUGAGGCUCUGAGGGACUCCUCCAUCUCCAUCAGCCGCUCCAUCCUGACCUCCUGCAGCCUGCAGGCCUUCCAGGAGGAGUGCAGCUCCAUUCUGGAGCAGCUGCAGGACAAAGCAAUGUUCAGCCUGGCUCGGGAGGUGGCAGCCCUGGCUGAGCUGCCCGUGGACAGCGUUGUCACACACGAGGUUCUGAGAGAUCUACAUCAUUUAAGAGACACUGGACAGUGGCAUCACACCCAGACAAGAGCUGACUUCUGGAAAAAGUGCAACGACACCUUCAGCAAACAUUCCGUCUGCAGCCGAGCCGCAGCGGCGUUCUUCCUCGAGCAGGCCAACAGCGUGUGGGAAUGCCCGGGGCAGGAGAACACAGCCGGCCUGCUGGAGAGGCAGCUGCUGCUGACGCUGGCCGGGCACUGGCUGGCGCUGGAGGAGCCCGAGGUGGCGGUGCCGGAGCUGCAGGAGCUGGAGAAGCGGAUCUGGCAGUGCCGCGUGGCCGAGCGAGCGCUGGCGGCCGAGGGCUCGGGGCAGGGUCCCUGCGGGCCGGGCCGGGAGCUGCCCUUCGCCAGCCUGGCCCGGCGCUUCUCCUUCGCACAGCUGCCGGCGCUGAGGGCGGCCGGGCCCCGCGGCCUGCAGGCUCUGGAGCCCGGGGAGCCCCGGCAGGCUCUGGAGCCCCGGGAGCGAGCGGCGCUGGCCGCGCUGCUGGGAGCCCUGCUGGACGAGGGCAGCGUGCCCGAGGCCGCCCGAGUGUGCCGCUACUUCCAGCUGUGGCCCAGGGACGUGUCGCUGGUGCUGCACUGCCGGGCGCUGGCCUCGGGGGAGGCCGGGCUGGAGCAGCUGCAGCCCGAGGUGCGGGCCCUGCUGGCGGCCAGAGCCGGGACACGCGAGGCCGGCGCGGCGAGCGGAGCCCCCAGCACAUCCAGCCUGGAGGAGUGGACCCCUCUGGGGGCCCCGAGUGGGGACGAUGCCGUGGUGGCAGCACUGAAGGCUCUGGCAGAGGAGUGUGUCCAUGGCAGGGGCUACUGCCGGCAGGUGCUGUGCCUCUACGAGCUCUCCAAGGAGCUGAGCUGUUCCUUUGGGGAGGUGUCGGCGCGGGAGCCGCGGGAGGUGCUGGGGGCCAUCCUGGCCCGGCGGGGGCCGGAGCGCAGCCGCAGAGCCCAGGCCUUCAUCACCUGCCAGGGGCUGUCCCCUGCCACUGUGGCACCACUGCUGGCACAGCAGAUCACCCAGGAGCUGCUGGCCUCGGCACAGGGAAAAGGGCAGAAGCAGGUUUGGAACCCUGCAGUGGAGAGCCAGGCACUCCUGCAGCUUGCCAAGCUGUGCCAGGAUCACACCUUGGUUGGGAUGAAGUUACUGGAUAAAAUCUCCUCUGUCCCCCGUGGGGAGCUGUCCUGCAUCACAGAGCUGCUGAUCCUGGCCCACAGCUGCUUCAGCCUGACGUGCCACAUGGAGGGGAUCACACGCGUGCUCCAGGCAGCUCGGCUGCUCACCGAGGAGCACCUGGCUCCCAGGGAGGAGUAUGGGCUGGUGGUGCGGCUGCUGACCGGCAUCGGCAGGUACAAUGAGAUGACCUACAUCUUCGAGCUGCUGCACCACAAACACUACUUCGAGGUGCUCAUGAGGAAGAAACUGGACCCGAGCGGGACGCUGAAGGCGGCGCUGCUGGACUACACCAAGCGCUGCCGGCCCGGUGACAGCGAGAAGCACAACAUGAUCGCGCUGUGCUUCAGCAUGUGCAGGGAGAUCGGCCAGAACCACGAGGCUGCUGCCUCCACCCAGCUCAAACUCAUCGAGUGCCGGCCCUGGGAGGAGUCUCUUCAGGAUGUUGCAAAUUUAAAGAAGCUGCUGCUGAAAGCUCUGACUCUCUUCAUUGAUGCAGCAGAAAGUUACUCCAAGGACUCGUGUGUGCGGCAGGCGCUGCGCUGCCGCCGCCUGACGCGGCUCAUCACGCUGCAGCUGCACUUCCUGGCCUUGGGCCAGAGCACCAGGAUCAUCAACCUGGGCAGGCAGGACCUGCCUGGAGCCAUCCUGGCCCUGCCCAGGUUCUACCAGGCAGCCAUCCUGGCCGAGGCCUACGAGUUCCUGCCGGACUGGGCUGAGGUUCUGUUCCAGCAGGUGAUCACCAGGGGUGACUUCGUGUACCUGGAGGAGUUCAAGCAGCAGCGGCCACUGCGGCCCAGCCUGUUCGAGGAGGUGGCCAAGAGGGUCCAGCAGCACGCCCCUGCUGACGCUGCCCUGAGGAACCUGAAGCGGUUCCUCACCCACUGCGAGGACAUCUACACCUACUACAGGCUGGCCUACGAACACAAGUUCUAUGACGUGGUGAACUCCCUGCUGAAGGACCCUCAGACUGCCUGCUGCCUCAACGACCUCUUAUCCAACUGAAUUCCAGCCAAAUUCCAGCCCGGAGACGAGCGCAGGGUCAGUGCUGAUUGACACAGAUUUUAUCAGUGACCUGCACCCAGGGCACUGCUGCUCUGCAAAAAUUACUCCAGAAAAAUGGACAGGGUUGUAAAUAUUUAAAAUGCUGAAACUAUUAACCUAAAAUUGUGUUUUGUAUAAUAAAUCUGUUUAUAAAUUA